AUGCAGCGGAGAAAGCAGGCGCGCUGGAAGAUCGACAAGACGCUGUCGCCGGACCUCUCCAAGACAGUGGAGGAGGAAGCGACGCCUUUCGGUGUGCUCGAGCGCCUGCGCAAGAUGUUUGUAGGUGCUACCAAGUUAUCUCUCGUGCAUCAGCUCCGUGCAGUCAUGGUGAUGAAGUAUGAUAAGGCAGAGAGCACAGAGCUGGAGUUUGACAAGCUUGUGGAGCUGCUGGAGAGCUCAUAUUUGGAGGUCAAGAGGCAAGAUCAACUACAAGGUCGUGGCUCUGAGGCAAAAUCCCAUACUAAGGUUCGCAAGCGUAGCGAUGGUGAUCGAGCCAUGGUAUCGAAAGCAGACAAUGACUCGAGGUCCAGCUCGGAGUCAGCUAUGAUGUCUAUUGACGCUAGAUGCUACGGAGCGAAGACAGAUCCCAAUGAGUGGAUUCUGGAUUCAGCAGCCACACGUCGCAUGACAUAUUCGAAGGAUUCUCUAGUAAACUAUUGCCCGAUUUCUGCUGCUGUGGAGGUUGGUGGUAAGCAUGAGCUCCAUGUCAUGGGCAUUGGAGGUAAAAGAGUGGCCUUGAAGACAGACCAUGGCACAAGACAAGUGUGGCUCCGGAACGUGUAUUUUGUUCCGUCGAUCCAGUUCAACCUGUUUUCGGUUCGCAUGCAAGUUGCGAUGCGUGGAGCGGAUUACCUUGCUGUUCACUUUGAUCAUCCUGCAUUUGCUACGGCGAUUGAUGAGAAUAAUGGUAUUGCUCGCCAAGCAAAGAAGAAUCGAGCUCUCGCUCGACAGCGAAAGAAGGAGCUGCAGGAGCAGCGAAGUGCAGGAGAUUCUCUCGGUGAAAGUAUUGAUGACAAUGAAGCUAUCGCCCACCUCUACAAUUUCGUGCUGCCUAUGGAGAAUAGUGAUGAAUCAACGGCUGCGAAAAAUGUUCCUGGUGAAGACGCAACACGGAGCAGCAUGCAUCAAGGUGUCGAAGCUCAAACCGACACCAUGACAGAUGCUAGCCAGCAUAUUCGGGAUGGUGGCGAAGUAGACCGAGACAGUUUUGAGACCCCACGCCCGAUCAGCGUGGAUAGUAGAAACAGGGUCGAUCCAAGGCAAGAGAAGCAUCGGCAGGGGGCAAGUGUGCUCUCAAACCCUAGUGCUGAGGGUUAA